AGAUUGUGCCAAAAAAGACACUUUGCUAAUCAUUGAAAAAGCAAGCAUGACGCAGCGAUCCUUGCGUACGGAUAAAUUACAGCGUGACGAAAAGCGAUGUUUGCAGCAAAUCAUACCUAAUCCACACAGAUUUCCCGAUAGGUGGAUUGAUUAUGAUCCAGUGGGGAAGGAUAUGCCGGGAACACGGUUUGUUGCCUUUAAGACACCCCUGCGACACAGUUAUUUCCUAAAUCGUGGUGAUGAAUUCGACGUGGAAAAUAUUUUCGAAACGAAGAAUUUACUGCAUAUGGCCAAUGCUGCUGGUAAGCAAAUAGGUCUUGUUAUUGAUUUAACAGCAACUACGAAAUAUUAUGAUCCUCGUGAAUGGACUGAUGUCGGUGUUAAGUAUGAAAAGAUAUGGUGCAUGGGACAUCACAUAAAUAUCCAAGUGGAAAAUAUUGAGAAAUUUUAUAACGUCGUCAAUGAUUUUCUAUCAAAACAUGUCCAUACUGGUGAAUUAAUUGGCGUCCAUUGUACGCAUGGUUUGAAUCGAACGGGAUACAUGAUUUGUCGAUACUUGAUUGAAGUCGAUGGCUGGGAUGUUGAUAGUGCCAUUGAACAAUUCGAAUAUUGUCGAGGUUAUAAAAUUGAACGGAAGAAAUACAUUGAUUCAUUACGGGAUGAUUGUGUCAGAAGGAAGCAUGCUAUUUUAUCUGUGGAAUAUCCUGGAAAACAUGUUAACGGAAUACUUGACAAACGACAAGCUCAUCUGAAAAAUGUUUUGCCCUGUAUUGAUCUGAAUGAAUUUGUUGCGGCUACUUAAUUAACAAAUUUUUUUUUCAUUUAGG